AUGGAUCGAAUCCUCCUGUUUAUGAUCUUUGGAGUCUUCCUUUCUCUUUCAGUUUCAGAAGUUGAGCCCAUUUCGUUCAAGAUUACCAAUCGUUGCCGGAACCCAAUAUGGCCCGGUUUGCUCUCCGGCGCUAACUCAGCGCCGCUCCCCACAACCGGCUUCCGCCUCGCCAGAGGAAAAUCCAAAUCCGUCACAAUUCCGCCGUCGUGGUCCGGUCGUCUCUGGGCACGAACCUUGUGUUCGCAAGAUCCAAGCUCCGCUUCUUUCGUCUGCUUAACCGGUGACUGUGGCUCCGGGAAGGUCGAAUGUUCCGGCUCAGGAGCUAAACCUCCAGCAACGCUCGCCGAGUUUACUCUCAACGGCACCGGAGGACUAGAUUUCUACGACGUCAGCCUCGUCGACGGCUACAACCUCCCGAUGCUAAUCUUGCCCAAGAGAAUCGUCGUCGGAGGCUGCGGAGCCACGGGCUGCCUCGUGGAUUUGAACGGAGCGUGUCCCAGAGACCUGAAACUGGUGGCGCGUGGGAGAAGGAACGGGGUGGCUUGCCGUAGCGCGUGCGAGGCGUUCGGGGACCCGAGGUAUUGCUGCAGCGAUGCGUACGCGACGCCGGACACGUGUCAGCCUUCGGUUUACUCUCUCUUUUUCAAGCACGCGUGUCCUCGCGCCUACAGCUACGCGUAUGACGACAAGACGAGCACCUACACUUGCGCCACCGGAGCCGAUUACGUCAUCAUCUUCUGUCCGCCGCCGUAUACAAGUGAGAAGCUGUUAGGAUCGAGGAAAGAUGGCGCGACGCUGCCGCUAGUAAACAGGAGUAUGAUACAUUUGCCGCAUCCGCGCAGCAGCUGA